UGUGACACGUGAAAUUUGUUUAUGAUGGCUAUCACAUGUGACCUGCUUCGUGCUACUUACAGUACUGUUUUUUUUAUGUGAACCGAUGAUCCGGCGGUGCGGCUGUCAUCUCUUGCACUCUUAACUUACAGUGUGAUAAUCUGGGAAUUAUUAAACCAAGCUGACAUACCGACGACUAGUCCUUAGAUUUCUUGGAUGAAAUAAUGAACUAUUUAGUUAAAACUAAUUUAGCAGUGCGAUACAUGUUUUUACAAAGGAAGUGAGACCUUAUGUUGACAAGUCAAUGUUGAACCAAAGUACAACAUAAAUGUAAAAGUAGCAACAGUCAUGACUGAGAUUCUGUUCAAGAUAAUUAUCAUAGGCGACCCAACGGUGGGGAAGACCUCGUUUGUACAGCGGUACGUCAACGAUUCCUACCGUCGGGACUACAAGAUGACCAUUGGAGUUGACUUUGCCCUGAAGGUCGUGAAGUGGUCAGAUACACAAACGAUCAAGCUACAGAUAUGGGAUAUAGCAGGGCAGGAGAGAUUUACUUCAAUGACCAGAGUGUAUUACAAAGAUGCCCAUGCCUGUAUUAUAAUGUUUGACCUCACACAAAAGUCAACAUUUCAAAAUGCUGUCAAAUGGAAAAAAGACCUUGAUGCCAAAUGUUCACUGCCUGAUGGUUCCACUGUGCCAUGCUUACUUCUGGCUAACAAGUGUGACCUGAGCCACAGAGAGGUCGAGCAGAAUGAGAUUGAGGACAUGUGUAAGGAACAUGAUUUUGUGGGAUGGACAGAAACUUCGGUCAAGGAGGGCCUUAUGAUAGAGGAAUCCAUGAGGUUUCUGAUGGAGGAGAUGAUGGCCAAACAUUCUGAGUUGGACGGAUUCUCAGAGUCGAUGAAACAGUCUGUCAGUCCAGGUACAGUCCAUCUCAAGUCUCAGACUGUACAUAUGAAUGAAGAGUCUCGCUGCGGCUGCUGACCCUGGCUCAAUUAG